AUGCCAGCGGAAAAAUCAAUAUACGAUCCCAACCCGGCCAUCAGCCAAAAUGCCUACAUAUCCAGCUUCGAGGAGUACCAGAAGUUCUACCAGGAGUCGCUGGACAAUCCGGCCGAGUUCUGGUCCCGCGUGGCCAAGCAGUUCCACUGGGAAACGCCCGCCGAUCCGGAGAAGUUCCUCAAGUACAACUUCAACAUCUCCAAGGGACCCAUUUCGAUCAAAUGGAUGGAGGGUGCCUCCACCAAUCUGUGCUACAAUCUCCUAGAUCGCAACGUAAGGAACGGCCUGGGCGACCAGAUAGCCUACUACUGGGAGGGCAACCACCCCGACGAUUAUUCCCGGGGUCUCACCUAUCGCAAGUUGCUGGAGGAGGUGUGCCGCUUCGCCAACGUGCUGAAGGAUCAUGGCAUUCGAAAGGGCGAUCGUGUAUCCAUUUACAUGCCCAUGAUUCUGGAGCUGCCCAUCGCGAUGCUGGCCUGCGCCCGCAUUGGAGCCGUGCACUCGAUCGUUUUCGCCGGAUUCUCACCGGACUCGCUGGCGGAGCGGAUGUUCGAUUGCAAGGCCAAGCUGCUGAUUACGGCGGAUGGAGCCUGGCGCGGAGAGAAACCCCUGUACCUGAAGGCUCUGUGCGACACGGCCUUGGAGAAGGUCGAGGAGAUGGGACACUCCGUGGAGAAGUGCAUCGUGGUGUCGCACUUGAAGCGCGUGACUCCGUGCCAGGCGGAUCAUGUCGAGGAGGAAAUCCCAUGGACCGAUGACCGCGAUUACUGGUGGCACGAGGAGAUGGAGGACAAGGAGCCGGCCUGCUAUCCCGAGUGGAUGGACGCCGAGGAUCCGCUGUUCAUGCUCUACACCAGUGGCUCCACUGGCAAGCCCAAGGGAGUGCUCCACACGACCGCCGGAUAUCUGCUGUAUGCGGCUACGACCUUCAAGAUCGUAUUUGACUAUAAGCCAGGGGAUAUCUACUGGUGCACCGCCGAUGUUGGCUGGAUCACGGGACACACCUACGUCGUGUACGGACCAUUGGCCAAUGGGGCCACUUCCGUGAUUUUCGAGGGCACACCAUUCUUCCCUGGAAACGAUCGGUACUGGAGUGUCAUUGACAAAUAUAAGGUAACCCAGUUCUACACAGCUCCCACGGCGAUUCGUGCCCUCAUGAAGUUCGGCGAGGGUCCCGUUCUGAAGCACAACCUGAGCGGACUAAAAGUUUUGGGCAGCGUGGGUGAGCCCAUCAACCCGGAGGCCUGGCUCUGGUAUUACAAGUACAUUGGAAAGGAGCAGUGCUCCAUUGUGGACACCUUUUGGCAAACGGAAACCGGUGGUCAUGUCAUUACACCUCUGCCUGGAGCGACUCCCAUGAAGCCGGGAUCUGCUUCAUUCCCCUUCUUUGGAGUGAAGCCCACUUUGCUGGAUGAGUGCGGCAUUGAAAUUAAGGGGGAGGGAGAGGGCUACUUGGUCUUCUCGCAACCUUGGCCGGGAAUGAUGCGCACCUUGUAUAACAACCAUGAACGUUUCGAGGACACUUACUUCUCCAAGUUCCCAGGCUACUACUGCACUGGCGAUGGAGCCCGUCGCGAUGCUGAUGGCUAUUUGUGGAUCACUGGCCGUGUGGACGACAUGUUAAACGUUUCCGGUCAUCUAAUGUCCACCGCCGAGGUUGAGUCGGUUCUCACAGAGCAUCCUCGCGUGGCUGAGUCCGCCGUGGUUUCCCGUCCGCAUCCCGUCAAGGGCGAGUGUCUCUACUGCUUCAUUACGCCGAACGAGAACGAGGUAUUCGACCAGAAACUAAUUUCGGACCUGAAGAAGAUGGUGCGAGAACGUAUCGGACCUUUUGCCAUGCCGGAUGUCAUUCAAAAUGCUCCCGGACUGCCCAAAACUCGUUCCGGCAAGAUUAUGCGUCGUGUGCUGCGCAAGAUCGCGGUUAACGAUCGCAACGUGGGCGACACAUCUACCUUGGCCGAUGAGCAAAUUGUGGAGCAAUUGUUCGCCAACCGGCCAGUGGAGGCCAAGUAGAUGGUAGCUGUUGGACCAACUGGCAGCAGCCAGGAUCCCUUCACCCAAGGCUUUCUCCGGUUGCACUGGCCACUCCACUUUGCCAUCGCAUUUCUACCACUUACGUAUCGCGAUUACGUAUCCUGUAAAUCUCCCUCUACUUGUAUGAAUUACCCACUGCUUAAUGUUUGUUCCGUUCCGGGCUACGGCGUGGUUAGCACCUUUCAAAUUCUACUUAGCUCGUAAGCCUAAGCGUGUGCGUAAGUAAGUGACUGGGUGGUUUCCGAUCCCAGUUAUCUAUCGUCUAUAUGAUUUUGUGUACUUGCCUGUUCACCGUAGUUAACAUGCUCACCACGCACACAUUUUCCAGUUCUUUUGUUUCUUCGUUGUAGUCGUAGUUUAAGUUCUCGCUAAUUCGUUGUGAUACAAAUUUAAUUAUAUCUUACUUAUGUAUGUAUUUUUAGUAGAAUUGAUAUGAGACAAAAUAUAUACACGAUUCCAAUUGUCGCCACAAAUUACACA